AUGAAUGAUUUGAUUGCAAAUAUCAUUGACGAGACAGCAGAACAAAUCAGACUGUUUCUCAAUCUUGACAAACUUAGUUCCUCGGCUAUUGUUGAUGAAAUAAAGAACGAAAAUGAUCUUUUAGCCAAAAUUGGAAAAUUUAUGAAACUUGUUAUUGAUAGAAUAUCAUUUUCAAAAGAUCCAGUCAAAUAUUACAACUCUAUGUGUGCUAAUAUUAUGGGUGGAGUACGAAAAAUUUUACCGAAUGCACCUGAAACAGUUCAAGAAUUUUCAGACUGGCUACCCGCGCAAUUAGAACAACACAAACUUGAAAUUAGAAUCAUGAAAAAGAAACUUCGAAAGUGCCAAGAGGCUUUAAUCGAAACUAAAAACUCAAUAGCAAAACAAGCUUAUGAAAGCACCGAAAAGUCAAAAGAUCUUGAACAGCAACUUAAACACCUUAAAAAAGAAAACAAGCAAUUAAAGGAAAGAUACAUGGAUCGCGAAGACUUUCUGCAAUACCACAAAUCUCAAGUAUCUAUUGCAGAAUCAAAACAACAACGAGCAGAACAGUCUUCUUUUGAACUUCAAAAGAAUAACUAUGACUUAAAACUCAAGCUUUUCGAUUUACAAUCCACAAUUGAUGCUUUAAAGCGUGAAAACUCGGAGUUGAAGAAGCAAAUCAGAUCCACAUCAGAGCAAAAUCAAUAUGAUAUACUUGAAAGAAACGAAUUACUAUACCAAAUAGAUUGUUACCAUGUUGAUGCAAUGAAGAUCGAAAAGCUCCAGAAUUUACCAUGCAAAUGCUUUGAGCACGGUAAGAACUGGACAAAAGCACACAAACAACUCCAUAGAGAACUUUACCAACUCGAACAAGAAAACGAAGAAUUGAAAGCACGACUUUCUGAUGUAAUUGCCGAAAAUAAUACACUUAAAUAUGUAGGAAAUAAGCAUAAUAAGAAGGUGAAACAAGAAAAAACUCAAAAGGAAAAUGUUGAACAAACUCAAACAAAAUGUUGCUCUUGUUGCAAAUGUAAAUGCCACUAUUUAGAUGUUAAUUCUCUCAAAAAGAGAUUUGAUGACUUAGAAAGCGAUGUUGAAGAGCUCAGAAAAGAAAUUGACGGAAAAUAA